AUGACACACAGUGAUUCCUGUGAAAUAAAUGCCUCAUAUCGGGGUCUCUGGCUGCUGAUCGACCCACUUCCAAGUCCACCCAGCCAAUACGCCGAGCUCCGUCACCCUCAGCAUCAUCUGCGAAAACUUAUUAACAUCGCCGACCGCACCGUCACUUUUGCCGAUGUACUGGGUGAUGAAACAUUCUACGAGUUCUCAUGUCUUAGGGAGGCUAGUGAGAUAGUUCCAGAUUGGUACAUACUUGGUGGAAGGCAACUACAGCCCGGAUGGUAA